AUGGCACUGACAAACUUUACUGAAGAUGAAAACCAGAAAAUAUUCUUAGAACUGUUCUGCGCGGUGGAGUUUAUUAGAGGUGUAGAUAGCGAGAUUAUCUUUCUCUCAGCUAUAAAUAUAUUUCUUUCCAUCACUGCAUUUCUGGGGAACACUCUGAUCCUAGUUGCCCUAUACAAGGAAACUUCACUUCAUCCGCCGUCCAAACUCCUGUAUCGUAACCUGGCGAUAACUGAUCUCUGUGUUGGUAUCAUUGUGGAGCCAGUGGCUGUGACUUAUUGGACUUCUGUUGUGAAAGAAAGAUGGGAUAUUUGCUAUUAUUCACUUCGGACAGCAGCUUUCUCAGGUUAUACUUUGUGUGUAGUGUCUUCAUUAACAUUGACGGCAAUAAGCGUGGACAGACUUCUCGCCUUGUUGCUGGGGCUCAGAUACAGACAAGUUGUAACUUUGAGAAGAACGAGUAUAACUGUGUUAGGUUUUUAGAUUUUGUCCAUCGUUGGUGCAUCUACCAUUAUUUGGAGUCUAUUUAUAACCACAUGGUAUCUACGCAUAGUUACAGCUUUGUGUCUAGUCAUUAUAAGCUUCGCUUACACAAAAAUUUUCUGUACUCUGCGUCAUAACCAAAUUCAUGUUCAGAACCAUGUUGCUCAAGGACAACCGAGCCAAGCAAUUCCAUUGAACAUAGCUCGAUACAGAAAGGCAGUCUACAGUGCACUGUGGGUGCAGGGAACAUUUGUUGUUUGUUAUCUGCCGUUUACUAUAGCGGUCGCUUUGAUGCCUCAAAGAGGGAUACCUAUAUCUGCAUAUCGUGCUUGGCAUUUUACGGUUACCUUAGUUCAUUUGAACUCGUCUUUAAAUCCCUUGCUGUACUGUUGGAAGAUCAGUGAAGUACAACAAGCUGUGAAAGAAACAUUAAGGCAACUCUUCGGUCGAUCGAGUUAG